GUUGCUGUCUUUUGUCCAUCGGACACUUGACGGUUCUCGUAAAACACAUCAUGUGGAUUUCAAUUAUCUUUAGGACAAAAUGAGGACUAUUAUUUGUAAAACAACGUUUUUAUGUCUCUUCCUGUUGGUCAUGGAUGGUGUGUUUGGUGGUGAUACAGAUGUAAUGAAGUCAGUGUCAGUAACUGAGGGAGAUUCUGUCACUCUAAACACUGAUGUUACUGAAGUACAGAGAGAUGAUCAGAUACUGUGGAUGUUUGGACCUAAAGAGAAUCGAAUAGCUGAAAUCUAUAAGCAGGUGAUUGAUAUGUUUAGCAGUAAUGAGACAUUUGGAGACAGACUGCAGUUGGACUCUUUCACUGGAUCUCUGAACAUCAGAAACAUCCGAAGCACAGACUCUGGACUUUAUAAACUACAGAUCCACAGCAACAGAGGGAACUCGGACAAGACAUUCAAUGUUACUGUCUAUGCUCGUCUUCCUGUUCCUGUCAUCACUGGUAACUCUUUAAACUGUCCAUCAUCUGAAAGAUCCUCAGUGUCCACAUGUGCACUGUUGUGUUCAGUGGUGAAUGUGGGUCAUGUGACUCUCUCCUGGUACAAAGGAAACAGUUUAUUGUCCAGCAUCAGUGUGUCUGAUCUCAGCAUCAGUCUCUCUCUACCUCUGGAGGUGGAAUAUCAGGAUAAAAACACCUACAGCUGUGUGCUCAACAAUCCCAUCAGCAACCAGACUCAACAUCUGGACAUCAGAGAACUCUGUCAAGAUUGCAGUUCAUGGUCGAUUGCAAUAAUCUGCAGUUGUUCUGCAGUAGUUCUGGCUGUGAUCGCAAUUGUGAUGUGCUGUCUUUACAGGAAAUACGGAAAACCAAGGCCAAAAGUGAAUUAUUUUGAACCAUGUGCGCAUGCUGCUGAAACCGUUCAGACAGACGAGAGUGAGGUAGCUUACGCCGAAACAACAUUUUUACCUAAUGUACAAAACAAGAAGCCCAAUGGGACAGAAGAGACCAUAUACUCCACCAUCAAUAGACACUGAUCAAACAAGCAGCAAGCAGUCUCUCAUUUCACCACAAUGGCUUUGCACACCUGCAUCUGUCAGUAUUACUACACUUGAUCGAGGAGAGGAAAACAUGAUUUGCCCUUGAUUUUCUUUGCUUUUUAACUUAAAAGAAAAGAUUUUGAAGAAUGUUGGGGUCCAGACAACAUUGGGCCGCAUUCACUCUUAUUGUAUAAAAUGUGUAUUAAAAAUAUUGUAUAAAAAGGAGACUUUUUUUCAAAAUAUCUUCAUAUGUUAUAUAGGCUUGGUAUGACAGAAGGAUGACAAUACCUUUACGUUGAUCAGGUUGUGGCAGAACAAGCAUGUCUAAUAUAUAGGAAAUAAAAGACUGAACCACUUGUUCAACAUUGGACUGAACUUUUUGUUUGUUUGUUUCGUUUUUGUUUUUUUGCAUAUCCAAAUUCCCCUCUGACUAACAAAUCUAUAUUUUGCAUGUAGACGCAGCAAGAGUUAAAAUGACUAUUAAAAACAAUUGACUUAAGUCAGAAAUUACUUCAUUCUUGUACAAAAGCUGUUUCAUAAGUGAUGCAUUAAAAUCAGAAACUUGCAUGCCUUGUUUAUGCUCUUUCAGCUUGUCUGAUCCACAGAAUAACUGGCAGUUACUUAUGUCCUCAGGGUUCUUAUGUAAAGCCACAAGACUCCACCCCAGCUCCUGCUGUCAUUCCAGUAAUUCUUAGCUUUCUGCCCUGUAUCAUAGCACUGCAAGUCAUUACAUGUCUCAUCGUACACUAUUGCUUUACACUCACAGGCUUUGUGCUGCAUCUGAUGAAAUUUGACCCUGAUCUGUGCUGUUUGUUUGUGUUAAAAGUUGAUUCUCUUUUUGUUUUUCCCUUUUCAUUGUCGUUAGUAUUUUUAUAGAAAGCCCAAAGUUCCAGUAACU